CCCUCUCGAAAGUUCUUCAUCCUGCUUCUUCCAUCAGGGACUGUUGGCUCUUUAAAUACCUACCAACCAUCUUCUUGCCCUAUCAGAUUCCAAGAAUUUCAGCUAAAGAAUCCAUCGAAAAUCAUCCUUAAACCACCAGAAACAAUGGACUUGAGAUUCCUGGGAUUAGAUUCCCCGCUUCUCCACACCGGCCUCCACGACAUGCUGGAAUCCGACGCCCACAAAUCAGCGGGCGCCCCCACCAGAACUUACGUCCGCGAUGCCAAGGCCAUGGCAGCGACCCCCGCCGACGUCAAAGAAUACCCCAACUCCUACGUGUUUGUGGUGGACAUGCCGGGGCUGAAGCCCGGCGACAUCAAAGUACAGGUGGAGGACGAGAAUGUGCUUCUCAUCAGCGGCGAGCGCAAGAGGGAGGAGGAGAGGGAGGGGGCGAAGUACGUGAGAAUGGAGCGGAGGGUGGGGAAGUUCAUGCGGAAAUUCGCGUUGCCGGAGAACGCAAACACGGAUAAGAUAACGGCGGUUUGUGAGGACGGAGUUCUGACAGUUACAGUGGAAAAAGUGCCGCCGCCGGAGCCGAAGAAACCGAAGACAAUUGAGGUUAAAGUUGGUUGAGAAAUGUUAGAUUGUAAGUAGUGUUUGGAAUGCCAAAUGUUGGCAGAAGAAGCAGACUUGUGAGUGCUGCAGCUGUUUAUUUUUGUUUGUUUUCGGAGGUGAUGUAUAAUAUGUUAUUUCAUGUUUUCCAGUCUGCUACCUGUUACAAAUUAAACGUAUGCUGCCGACUGUCUGUACGCUAUAAUUAAAUAAUAUUCUAUUUUCUUUUUUAAA